UACAUACUUCUACUACUAUACGUACUAUACGCUGCAAAUAUAUAUAUAUAUAUAUAUAUAUACUCUAAUUGUUUGUACGUGGAGUGCUGCAUUUUUAUAUUAUUAUUCUGAGAAAGAUAGAUAUGAUGAUGGCAAUCUGCAGCACAGCGCUUGCAUUCAUUUUUAUUAUCGUACUUAGCUUGGGUUAUUAUAUGAUUCUGAAAUUGAGGUGCCGGUCCUCCGAUGAUAAGGUUGUUCCUACGAACUGGGCAGUAGUGGGAAUGAUGCCGGCGCUUCUUAAGAAUGCUCACCGAGUCCACGAAUUCGCGACUGAUGUUCUGAGACACAGCGGAGGGACAUUUGAGUUUAAGGGUCCAGCUGGCUUUGAUAGCUUGAGCAUGCUGGCUACCAGCGACCCAGCUAACAUCCACCAUGUCCUCAGCAAAAACUUCUCCAACUAUCCCAAAGGACCAGAGUUUCGAAAAAUAUUUGAUAUUUUAGGAGACGGGAUUUUCAACGUAGAUUCCCAGUUGUGGGAGCUUCACCGUAAAACCACCCUCUCCUUCCUCAAUCAUGCCCAAUUCUACACCUUGUUACAGACAAAUGUGUGGCACAAGGUAGAGAAAGGUUUGUUGCCGGUUCUUGAUUGGUUUGCAGAAGAGGGAGCGGAGUUUGAUUUGCAAGAUGUUUUCCAGCGCUUCACCUUUGACGCCAUUUCGAAGCUCGUCUUACACCAUGACCCUGAAAGUCUCUGCCUUGGCUUGCCUUAUGUUCCCUGCGAGAAGGCCUUCAAUCAUGCGGUGGACGCUCUUCUUUAUAGGCAUAUAUUUCCAGAAAGCUUCUGGAAGUUACAAAAUUGGCUGGGGAUUGGCAAAGAGAAGAAGCUUAUUCAGGCGUACCGCGCUUUCGAUGAAUUCAUAUACUCCGCCAUCAAACGCCUAGAAGAGCGGAUGAUGAUGAUCACCACAAAUAUUGAUAAUAACUCCGACGACGACGACGUAAGCUUGUUCACUGCUUACGUACAAGCAUACAAGCAGCAGGAGCAACUCACUACGAGUACUGGUUCUUCACUAGUGAAGUUUCUGAGGGACACUUUCUUGAGUUUAAUGUUUGCAGGGAGAGAUACAACCAGCACAACUCUCACUUGGCUUUUCUACCUGCUUGCCCAAAACCCACUGGUUCAGGCAAAAGUCCGAGACGAGAUUGAAAACAAAUUAAAUCUAAAACAAGAGGACAAGCGGUUUUUCAAGGUGGAGGAAUGCCACAAGUUAGUGUAUCUACACGCUGCUCUGUGUGAGUCCCUCAGACUAUUCCCGCCGGUGGCCAUUGAGCACAAGGUGUCGGCGGGGAUGGACGUCCUCCCUAGUGGACAUCUGGUCAAGCCCAACACCAGAAUCAUACUCUUAUUUUAUUCAUCUGGAAGGAUGGAUUCAAUAUGGGGCGAAGAUUGCAUGGAGUUCAAGCCCGAGAGGUGGAUUUCAGGCCAAGGAAGAAUCAAGCAUGAGCCGUCUUACAAGUUUCCGGCAUUCAACGCCGGACCCAGGACUUGUUUAGGUAAAGAAAUGUCUUUUGUUCAGAUGAAAAUGAUUGCUGCGAUCAUCCUCCAUCAUUAUGAGUUUCAAGUGGUGGAUUCCCAUUCAGUUUCUCCCAGCGAUUCAAUCAUCAUUCAAGCUAAGCAUGGCUUGAAAGUCAAAUUUACCAAACGUAGCAUGUAAUACAUACAUACUACUUCAUGUAUGUUCGUUCUACUGUACUGUUCUAUACUAGGCUUUUAUCCCAUGCAGUAAGCUAAGCUAGCUUAAAUUUACCAAACGUAAUAAUACUGCUUGCAUGCAAUGGCACUUCAAUUCAUAAUAUACUCGUGUUUGUUUGUUUAUUUGUAAUAAUAUGUAAUCUCUUGAAUUUGAUAAAUA